ACCUACCUUUUUCCUUGGCCAACAAACGAUGUUAAAUGUAACAAUGAAUUCAUUAAUCUGCUUUCUUUUUUUUUUUUUUUCUUUUGGGUGUGAGUGACUUUUUGGGUUUGUCAUUUGUCAAAGUCUCUCAGUCUCUAUCUCUCUCUUGAUCUUGUCUGUGUCUCCUCCUCUUCCAUUUAAGUAAUUGGAGAGAAGCAUUAACCCACACGCUUUCAUCACAUGAUCAUAUAUACAGAGAGGAGAGGGCUAAUCUAACAAGUCUGGGCAUGCUCAUGGUGGGCUACUGCUUCCACCACCUCCCUAUUUGCAGAAUAUCGUGACUCCCUUGCCCUCUCUAUUUCUUCUUGUCUUCCCCUUUUUCCAACUCUUAAUCUGGUAGAGCAUUGUUUGUUUUUGCAUAUUAACCCAAUAAUAAACACAACAUUCCUCUCGCAUCGAUUCUUCCAAUGUCUUCUCAUAUCUAUUAACCCAAUGAUGUCUUCUCAUAUCUAUUAACCCAAUGACUUUUUUUAAUAUCUUCACCUUGUCAAUAAUAUUCUUAUUCUCAUUCUCAUUCUGAUCUCUCUUCUCUCUCUCUCUCUGUGUCUUUGCAAAUCAAAUUAUGACUUCCAUUAUGGCCAAAACCAGAUCGGCUUUAACAUUAACUGGCAGGGCUAUCAACAAAGCCGUGAGCUUCAUUGUCUUCUCUGUUCUAGACCUUCUGGAUCUCCUGCUCUGUUUCGUAUAUAAAGUGGCCGAUUUCUUCAUUGAAUCGGAAUGGAAGCCCUGUUACUGUUCCUCCUCGAAGGAAGCCAUCACAAGCAGCGGCAAAAUCUUGGUGUCUGAACAAGGCGAGUCUAAGGUUGUGUGCCUCACUUCGACCAAGCUUCAGUUGGAGGAGAUCUCCGACACUUUGUACACCCGCCCUUGUUUGGUGUCCGAGGUCUCCAAGCUGACCGUCAAUGAGCUGAAGCGCCUAACAGCGGACGCAACCAUUAACGUCCAAUCCUGCGCCGACAAGAUGAAGAAAGGGUCGGUUCGGUCCACAUUCUCGGUUAAAUCCACCAUUGUUGAAAUGCUUCAAGGAAAAAUGGGUCGGCCCAAAUCCCAACCCAUUCCAAGAUGGUCCGACUGUGAUUGUAAAUUUUGCAACCGUUGGACAUCUUCUAGCAAAGAUACCCUCUUUGUUAGAACACAAGGACGUAAAGACACAGCACGAGAAGACGUGCUCUUCAUUCACGGCUUCAUAUCGUCCUCAGCGUUUUGGACGGAGACAUUAUUUCCCAACUUUUCAAGCGCCGCGAAAUCAACGUACCGGUUCUUUGCAAUUGAUUUAUUGGGGUUCGGGAGGAGUCCAAAGCCGACGGACUCUCUAUACACACUGAGAGAACAUUUGGACAUGAUAGAGCGGUCCGUCUUAGAAGCCCACAAUGUGAAGUCGUUUCACAUAGUGGCCCAUUCUUUGGGCUGCAUAUUGGCCCUGGCUAUUGCCGUCAAGCACCCUGGGUCAGUCAAGUCCCUAACCUUGCUGGCACCUCCAUAUUAUCCAGUAGCCAAGGGAGAACAAGCGACACAAUAUGUGAUGAGGAGGGUGGCCCCAAGGCUUGUUUGGCCGGCGAUUGCAUUUGGGGCAUCGCUUGCGUGUUGGUACGAGCACAUCAGCCGUACGAUUUGCUUAUUAAUUUGCAAGAACCACCGCUUUGUGGAGUUUCUCGUAAAGCUACUCACUCGAAACAGGAUGAGGACGUUCUUGCUAGAAGGGUUUUUCUGCCACACCCACAACGCAGCGUGGCACACACUGCACAACGUAAUAUUUGGGACAGCAGGGAAAAUGGAUGCAUAUUUGGAAGCAGUAAGAGAACAGCUUAAUUGCAGCGUGAAUGUGUUUCAUGGCAAGGACGAUGAACUUAUUCCAUUAGAAUGUAGCUACAAUCUCCAGUCGAGAGUUCCAAGGGCUCGUGUCAAAGUCAUCGACAACAAGGACCACAUCACUAUCGUCGUUGGCAGGCAAAAAGCCUUUGCUAGGGAGCUCGAGGAGAUUUGGACCAAUUCAUCCUCAUCAUCAUGAUCUUUUAUGUUUAAGACCUAUUCUUCUUAUUCACCCCCCCAAAAAAAAAAGAAAAGAAAAAUCAUCUAUUCUUCUUCUUCUUCUUACCAAAAAUAUAAAAAAUAUAUAUAUAGUGUGGAAAAUUGUUUUUGAAGCACCGGAGGUCCGUCUAGAGUCAAGUCAUAUAAUGUCUUUCCAAUCCCAUGAAGUGGGUAAAAUAUAUAUAUAUAUAUAUAUAUAUAUAGCCUAAAGUUGGCAACUUUCUAUUUUUUUGCUUACUUUUUUUCUUCUUCUUUUUUAAUGCGAAGGAAUUAUUAUUACCUAGGCAAUCAGCUAGCUAGCUAGCUAGCUAUUUCAAUGUGCAAAUUAUCAAUACUCAAGGUAUAUUACUUGUUAGGCUUUGAAAUGUAUGUUCAAUAUCAAUUUGAAGCUAUAAAAAGUGAAUAUAUUACUA